AUGGAGGGAAAGAGAGAUAAUCCUAAGACAUCCCAAGAUGCUGAACAUCGAUCAACACUUCCAGGUCUUAAGGCUUUACGUACAACACGUACCUUACAAGAAAGGAUGGUGAUAACUAUCGAACCAGGCUGUUACUUUAUCGAUACGCUAUUAGAUGCUGCCCUUAAUGAUCCGAUGCAAAGCAAAUUCAUUAUCAAAGAAAGGCUAAAUGAGUUCCGAGGUUUUGGUGGAGUACGAAUUGAAGAUGAUGUAAUAAUCUGGUCGGAUGGCAAUGAACGCAUGAGCAAUGUUCCGCGAACUGUAGAUGAAAUCGAACAAUUCAUGUCUGGAAAAUAA